AACCCGCCUCGCCAAAAGCUCGCCGCAGGGGUAUUUCCUGGAACCUGCUGCGCUGUGGCCUGCGGGGCUGGAAAAGCCGUGGAGCUUUAUUUAACCGGCCGGUCAGUAGUGCCACUGCAGCACUACUCUCACUCUCCUUCCUACCGCCAGAGUGAGCAGGAAGAACAGGGGAGAGGAACGAGCUCGGCCAAGUCCCAUCUGUCUUCUUCUAGCUCGUGUGUCGGUCUUGCUGCUGCCCCUUCCAUAGUUGCGGCGAGGAGGGUGUCGGCCGUGGCCGUGGCGGCGCUGGCGGCGGCGGUGAUAUGCGCGGGGGCGGCGGCGGCAGCCGUGUACGGCGACAAGACCGGGUGGACCGUCAUGGGCAACCCCAACUACGCCGCCUGGGCCGCCUCGAAGAAGUUCCAUGUCGGCGACACCGUUGUGUUCACGUACCUGAAGCAGUUCCACAACGUGAUGGCGGUGAGCAAGGCGGACUACAAGAACUGCGACGCGACGAAGUCGAUCGCCACCUGGUCCACGGGCAACGACUCGAUCGUCCUCAACACCACCGGCCACCACUACUUCCUCUGCGGCUUCCCGGGCCACUGCGCCGCGGGGCAGAAGGUCGACAUCCGCGUCGCCGCCGCCUCUGCUGCCCCUUCCGAGGCCCCCUCCAUGGCGCCCGCCCCGGCCUCCGGCUCCAAGCCCUCCGGCGGCGCUGCCGCGGCGCCGCCGCCGCACGGCAACGCCGCUUCCAAGACCGUCGCCGUGACCCUCGCCGCGUCCGUGCUCUCCCUGGCCGCGGCCGUGCUGGCAUGAUGAGGCUCCUGCAGUCCGGGUUCCGUUAGGAUUGGCGCCGUUGUGAAUUGUGAGCGUUUUGUCUGUGUUGUCGUAUGAGCAGGAGCACCUGGAGUCCUGGACCUGUGUUUGUUUUACUGUUUUGCCCUUCUGGUUCCAUGAACUGGUCUGAUUAUGUGGAUUGGGGAUUUCUGCCGGUUGUUAAUUACCUAAUGUUUUGGGCUC